AUGGAAGGAAGGCAUCAAAACAUUGAGGAACGAUAUGGAUUUGUUGCUCCGCUUGAUGCUAAUGAUUCUUCGGGGAUAAGGCCUAAUGUCGAGAUGAACAACACCUUGUUGAAGAACCACGUUAUAUUGGGAUUACGUACCCGUGGUGGACAUGGCCGUGCCAUUUUCAUGGUACCCCGCAUCUACAUUGGAGGAGAGAAGAGAUUGAUCAACGUUGAAUAUAUUCAGGAUAAUGCAAUGCAACAAAGAACGCGUACUUGCGUUGCCAAGAAGCACACAACUCCGAAAUUUUGA